AUGCUUGGAAAAAAAGAAACAAAUCUUUUAACUCCCCUGCCAGAAGUAAAUAAUGUGAAGGAACAUGUGCAAACCACGAAAUAUAUCUUACAGUGGACCCUGCAGCACACUGUGCCUUUCGUGUAUAUGGGACAAGGAAAGGAUGGCUUCAUAAGCAGGGGCUGUAAAUAUACGAAUUGUAUUGUCACAAAUAACAGAUCACUGUUGGGGGACUACACUAAGUUUGAUGUGAUUGUUUUUAAUGGCCCAGAAGUAGUGACGUUAGACAAUAACAGUUUACCACAAAGAAGAUCACUUCAUCAAAAGUUUGUUUUUGGAUCCAUAGAAUCCGCUGAUAACUAUCCGAUUUGUUCAGAUCGGCUGGACAACUUUUUCAAUUGGACCUGGACAUAUAAAUUGAGUUCCGAUGCUAGAUGGGGUUACAUGAUUGUAAGAGAUGAAAAGAAGCAGAUUGUUGGACCGAACAUUAACAUGCAGUGGCUGGAUGAUGCCAAAAUGAAGCCGGUGAGCCAAGAAGUCAAAGAGGUUUUAUUGAAAAAAACAAAGGCAGCAGCGUGGUUUGUGUCGAACUGCUUGUCUAAGAGUAGGAGAAAUGAGUUCGCGUUAGACUUGGCGAUGGAACUAACGAAAUACGAUUUAACGAUAGAUGUUUUCGGACAUUGUGGAAAUUUGGAAUGCCCCCGAGACAAGGAAGAGCAUUGUGAUGAAAUGCUUAAAAGUGAUUAUUACUUUUAUUUGUCGUUUGAAAACUCGUUGGCUGAAGAUUAUGUUACGGAGAAAGUGCUCCAUGCAUUGAAGCAUCUUACAGUUCCAAUUGUGUUUGGAGGAGCCAACUACACAAGGUUCAUGCCAAAUGGUUCCUAUUUAAACGCAAGAGAGUUAGGAGUGAAAAAACUUGCAAAAAUAAUUAACGAUUUGAUUGAGAAUCAAGAAGAUUAUAUAGAAUAUUUCAAAUGGACAAAUCAUUAUUCCUAUCACACUCGAGCUGAAAGCAUAGAAACUGAUGAUUAUUGUGGGUUCUGUUCUAUACUUUUCAACGAGGAGUUGGUGAAGAAGGAAACAGUGUAUAAAGAUUUUAGAAAGUGGUGGGAUCCCCCUUUAAGAUGUUGA